AUGAUUCACGAAGGGAUUCCUCAAGGAUCCGUCAUCGCUCCGACUCUCUUCCUAGUUGCGAUGCAGAACAUUUUUAAUGUCAUCCCAGAAAACACUCAAACACUCAUCUUUGCGGACGACAUCAUUCUCAUAGCCAAGUCCUCCUUCGCAAAACUUACGCGAAAAAAACUUCAAAAUGCUGUAGAAGCUUUAUCAAAAUGGGCACCGGAAGUAGGAUUUUCCUUUUCUGCCGAAAAAUCUAAACUACUACACUUUGGGCCAAACCGCAAGAGAUUGAGCCGUCUACCCCCUCUAUUACUGGACAGAAACAACAUUGGACUGGUUCACUCAGCAAGAAUCCUUGGAGUUAUUGUAGACGACAAACUUAACUUUAUUGGACACGCAAAUCGGGUUCGAAAGAACUGUACGAACAAGCUCAACAUACUAAAAAUCCUGAGCCAAAACUGUGGUUCCGCAUCUCGUCCCAUUCUUCAAAGGUUUCUACGCGCUUGGUUGCUGCCAUCAAUUUUGUAUGGAGUAGGAUUAUUCAGCCGAGGCGGAGACAAGGUGACCAAAAUUCUUGAACCUGCUUACAACCAAGGAGUUCGUACCAUAAGCGCAGCCUUCCAAUCUAGCCCUAUCAUCUCUCUGAUGGCAGAAAGUGGAUUACAACCUUUCGAAAAUGUCAUAACCCAAGCUCUUACGGCAAAAACAAUCCGAUGGUUGUCAUACAACCGACCCAGCGACGCACCUAUGGUGGUCAGGACUAGAGACUCUCUGCAACAACUUUUUUCUAUUGCUCUACCAAAUAUAUGUGUCCGUUCUGACCCUCGGCUACGCCCCUGGAACUGCAAAAAACCCAAGAUCGAUUUAAGCCUACUCAAAAUCAUUAGAGCCGGACAACCAUCUCAGAAUGUGCUUCCCAAGUUUCUUGAACACCAAACUCGGUUGUACGCUUCCUAUAACAAAGUGUUCACCGACGGAUCAAAAAGCCUGAAUGGACAGGUUGGUUACGGAAUCUACAAUGAAAACAAACGUGAGGGACUCCCGCUACCGUCUGCUUGCUCGGUAUACAGUGCCGAAGCCUUCGCACUUAAAAUCGCACUAGAAAACUACUGCACCAUCAAUCAACCUACCGUCAUUUUCUCCGACUCGGCUAGUGUCCUCACGGCCGCUGCCGCAAACAACGACACCCAUCCAUGGGUUGCUGAAAUAUCAAAACAGGCUGUUUCCAAAAACGUAAUUCUCUGUUGGGUUCCCGGGCACUGCGGAAUCUCUGGCAACGAAGCUGCCGACCGUUUAGCUUUCGAAGGAAGUCAGAGUUCUCCUCCAAUUUCCCCAAUUCCUCACACUGAUGCUAUAAGAACCAUAAAAAAUCAAAUAUGGGCAAGUUGGGAAAAUACCUGGAAUCAAAGUCACACGGUCAAACUUCGAGAAAUUAAGAACACACCAUGCUCCUGGAUCGACCAAAAGAUGUUCGAGGAUAGACGAGCCCUUACGCGCUUACGAAUCGGACACACACGGCUCACACACGGUUUUCUCAUGGCUAGAGAACCUGCUCCAGUAUGUCAUGCCUGCAACACAAUCGUUACCGUAAAACACAUCCUCGUGGACUGCCUUUGCUACCAGCAGCAAAGGAAAAACUUCGGUUUAAGUACCAGCCUCCGCACGAUCCUCUCAAAUUGCCCGAAGGAAGAAAGAAAAGUCUUGCUUUUCAUGAGAAAAACCAAACUCCUACAAGAACUGUAG